GAGUGCCACAGCCACAGCUGAUUUCACAUGUGCCUCACGGUUCGCGAUCUCGCCGCGCGUUCGUUGGAUCGUGCCGCGUGAAAAUGCCGGGAACCUAAUCCGAGACAAUAAAUAAACAAUUGUCAUGAAAAGUGAACGUGCUCAUUAACUUUAACGGAUUGAUCAAGAGACUACUGUACUGUACUCUACUUAGUGUUUCUGAGCUGUACUUUGCAAUAUUAUAAAAUCUAACAGCGGAUGCGGUCAAAUAAAACUUAGCCAUGCGAAGCGACAUGGCAUAUCGCGGGCUGUCCCAACAUGUGGAACUAGACCGAGCUGCCGAUCCUCGGGACAGAUUCACGUUGCAGGAGCUCAUCGGCGAAGGCACAUAUGGCGAAGUAUACUGUGCCAGAGAUAAAAAGUCUGGUAGACGUGUAGCAGUCAAGAUCUUGGAAAACAUAGCUGAAAAUAUAGAAGAAAUCGAAGAAGAGUUUCUAGUUUUUAGAGACUUGUCUAGUCAUCCGAAUAUACCGGAGUUUUUUGGUUUGUUCUUGAAACGCGGCGCCAGCUCAGACGACGACCAAAUAUGGUUUGUGAUGGAGCUGUGCACCGGUGGUUCGGUAACUGAUUUAUGUGCUGGAAUGCGAGCGCGCGGUACAAAUAUUACUGAACCACAACUUGCAUAUGUAUUGCGGGGAACAGUUCGAGCACUAACUCACCUCCACGCUCACCGAUGUAUGCAUCGUGAUGUCAAAGGUCAUAACAUUCUUUUGACGGAAGAUGCUGAGGUCAAACUUGUCGACUUUGGAGUUUCCUCACAUUUGGCUGCUACAGCUGCGCGAAGAAAUACUUCAGUCGGUACCCCAUAUUGGAUGGCACCUGAGGUUAUCGCAUGUGAACAACAAUUAGAUGAGUCAUACGACUGUAGAUGUGAUGUAUGGUCAGUGGGUAUAACCGCUAUAGAACUGGCAGAAGGCGAACCUCCUUUAUCGGGAUUACAUCCGAUGCGAGCAUUAUUUCAAAUACCAAGAAAUCCGCCACCCAGCUUGUCUCAUCCAGAAAUAUUUUCGCCACAACUUUCCGAUUUUGUAGCAGACUGCUUAAUAAAAGAUAUGAAUCAAAGACCAUUCGCGAGAGAGCUCCUGGAACAUCCUCUGCUUCUUGCAGUUAGUAGCUUUGAAGACAAGAUCCGGAAAGAGUUACAAGCUGAAAUAAAACGACAGAGAGCAGAAGGACGAAGUUGUCGCGCUCCUGACGCAACUACAAAAAGGGGAAAAUUGAAAUCACACAGAAAAGCAAAACCUGAAAAAAUGUAUACUGACGACUUGGCAACGCUUGAAGUUUUAAGUGAAGAUUCCAUUGUUGAACAACUACAGAAUAGAUACAAUCAAAAUCAAAUUUAUACAUAUAUUGGAGAUAUAUUAGUGGCUGUUAAUCCAUUCACUGAUAUCGGCAUUUAUAACAGUAAGACUCAACAGGUUUACCAAGGACGGUGUAGGUCGGAUAAUCCGCCUCACAUCUUUGCCGUAGCUGAUGCAGCCCAUCAAGCACUAAUGCAUCAAAAACAAAACCAGGCCAUAGUGAUAUCUGGCGAGAGUGGGGCUGGGAAAACUGAAUCAGCAAAUCUUUUAUUAAAACAUCUUGUCUUCCUGUCUAAGACUCAGAAUCGUAAUUUAGAAGAAAAAAUUCUCCAAGUAAACCCAAUAAUGGAGGCAUUCGGCAACGCUCGCACUGGAAUAAACGCGAAUAGUUCACGUUUCGGAAAAUAUCUAGAUAUGUCUAUACUGGGAGUUGGAAGAAUAUCAGGAGCAAGGAUAUCAGUCUACCUUCUUGAGCAGUCUAGAGUUGUACACCAGGCUUUAGGUGAAAGCAAUUUCCACGUGUUCUACUAUCUGUAUGAUGGCUUAGAGAGCGAGGGCCGCUGGAGAAAGUUUUAUCUAGAUGAGCAACUAAAAUCUAGACAUCGUUAUCUUCAGCCCUUAUCUGUGGUUCAUAGAGAGCACAAUGUUCAUCGUUGGCGACAGCUCAAUCAAGCCUUUAAAGUAGUUGGAUUUCUAGACGAUGAAGUACAAAUAUUAUACAAGAUGCUCGCGGCAAUAUUACAUCUCGGCGACAUAGAGUUCGGUGAAACAGCUGGCGAAGAUAAUACUGAUAACAGAGCAACUAUAAUAGACACUGCACCACUGCACAGAGCUUCUUGCCUAUUGGGAGUUGAAACAGCAGAUCUGCGUGAAUGUUUAACAAGUAGCACAGUGGUCGCCCGAGGCGAAACUAUAGCCCGUCACAGUUCACCCACUGAAGCUGCCGUUGCCCGAGACGCUACAGCUCGUGGUCUAUAUGCAAGAGCAUUUGAUAGAAUCGUCGAAAGAAUUAACGCACUCCUCUCUCAAAAUAGACACCGUCACGAUCAACUCUCCAUCGGCAUUCUUGACAUAUUUGGGUUCGAAAACUUCAACAAAAAUUCAUUCGAGCAGCUCUGCAUUAACAUUGCCAACGAACAGAUCCAGUAUUACUUCAAUCAACACAUAUUUACAUGGGAGCAACAAGAAUACAUGGCUGAAGGUGUUCCAGUUGAUCUUGUCGAAUUUUCCGAUAACAGACCUGUACUGGACAUGUUACUGUCAAGACCAAUGGGCUUAUUAGCUCUGCUGGAUGAAGAAAGUCGUUUUCCAAGAGCCACUGACAGAAGUCUUAUUGAAAAGUUUCAUAGUAAUCUCAAAAGCAAAUAUUACGUUCGGCCAAAAUCUGAUGCAAUUUGUUUUGCAAUCCAUCAUUUUGCUGGUCGAGUCGUGUAUCAGGCAGAUGGGUUCUUAGAGAAGAAUCGUAACUUUUUGCCUCCUGAAGUCGUUCAGCUGAUGCGACAGAGUCAAUUCGAUAUCAUACGGUUCUUAUUUCAAUGUCCAAUCACGAAGACAGGGAAUCUAUAUUCACCGCUACAAGGAGAUAUGGAUAGAAGCUUGGAAAGUCCUUCUGGGGACACUCGAGAUCGAUUUAACAGUCGAGGACUUGCAUCGCAAUCACGAGCCCAGCAAACAGUCUCAACAUACUUCCGAUACUCGUUGAUGGAGCUUCUACAGAAGAUGGUGAGCGGCACUCCUCAGUUCGUGAGAUGUCUAAAGCCGAACGACUCCAGAUCUCCAAAGCACUUCGAUCCGCCCAAAAUACUAAAACAGCUUCGAUACACUGGAGUAUUAGAGACUAUCAGGAUAAGACAAAAUGGUUUUUCCCAUCGAUUGAGUUUCGAAGAAUUCUUGAAGCGAUAUGGCUUUUUGGCUUUUAGUCAUGAUGAAGAAAUAAAGCCCAGUCGGGACACAAGUCGUCUACUGCUGCUCAGAUUGAAGAUGGACGGCUGGGCCCUCGGCAAAUCCAAAGUGUUCCUCAAGUACUACCACGUUGAAAGACUCGCCAGAAUCUACGAGGAACAGAUAAGGAAAGUGAUCCUGGUGCAAGCCUGCGUCAGGGGGUGGCUGGCUCGCCGCUACGUGGAGCGGCUGAAGGUACAGAUGGCCAUCUCGGUGCUGACCCUCCAGCGACACGUGCGCGGUUGGCUCACCAGAAAGCGAAUCCGCGACCGACAGCGUCAGCUAGCCAGGGAGUUCCACGAUGAACAGAUGUGCGACAGUCAGGGGAUGCACAAAUCUGGUGCUCCGCUUAAAAACAAAGCGAUGAUGAAAGCCAAGAUACUAAGGAAAAUGACAUCACAAGACGGGGAAACAAACAAAGCGAAUUCCGGAAACAAAGAGAACAUCGACACCAAUAGAGCAGCUGUCGUUAUACAAAGUCAUUUCCGUGGGUAUACAGCCCGUCGCAAAUGGGCGAAGGGACGCGCUCCUCCACCCCCCGCGCACCCGCCACCCGCUGUGCCCUCCACGCCUUCUUCGCCGCACCAACAACUCAUGCAACAGUACUCAAUUCAGGAACGAGCAUCCCAACUACAGACUUUCGCAGAACAAGUCCACAACAAAAACCAAGAAGUCCACAAGAACCUACGUCACAACAAGCCCGGCAUCCGGCUACAGUCAGUUCAGCGUCCGCCCGAAGAGUACCGAGCGCCUCCCGGCUUCACACUCGUCCCAUCCAUCGUACGAGGACAACCGUCACAAAUCGAACAAGACGCCAGCAGACUCUCUAGUCCAUCACCUGAAUUUUUGGAAAGUCCUGCGAAGCCGUGGGAUGAGCCGCUAAAAAGCAAAAUAGAUUAUGACCUAACAUUAAGUCGGAACAGGUAUCAGCAAGUGAGCAACGGACACGAACCAGUCGUGGAAGAACGUCAUCGCCAAUCGAGUCAGAGCCGGCAGAAUUUACCGUGCAGCCGUCAAUGCAGCGGCCUCGUCAGAAACGAUGGCAACAAGAUUAGCGAACUGGUCCGGAACUCUCGUAAGGCGGAGCCUCCGAAGCCCGUAUACAAUAUCACUCACGAUCCGGAAUCAACACUACGAAAGAUCCUUCGCAACUCCCCGCAAAUACUUGCAACGCCGAUGUUCAGUUCCGAUGACGAUUACACCGAAGGCCCGUUUAGAUUUAAGCAGCUACUGAGGCCCACACUGGGACCUACGGAGAGCUUGCGGAAGAGAAAGGUCAGGAAUUCGCCAGGACAGAGCCCCUGGAUGUCUGACAGUUCGCAAGAGAGUGUCAACCCUAAGCAGGCCUUCAAUAAACGCCGUCCCCAAAUUUGUAUGGGUGUCUAUUAUAAUUGAGCAAUUGUGGCGCAUUGCAGUAUUGAAAUAAUGAGUUGUCACGUGUGGUGUGUACUGUCGUGUACAAUAUCAUUACUUUUAUAGGUGUUUCAAAUACAUGUUUUUAAGAUUAAAUUUAGUACGACAAAAAAAUCAGCACUUUCCUAAAAAAAAUACUUGGAACGAGUUUUAAAAAAUCGUUUUGUGCUGAUUAAAAAAAUUUAUAUCACCUAAUUAGAUUCAGUCUUUUAUAUUUUGCAUUUAGUUACGUGAUAUUUUUUUAUUGCCCUUGUAGGCAUUCGAACAUACGGCCCACCUGAUGUUGAGUGGUUACCGCCGCCCAUAGAUUUCAGCAAUGCCAGGGGAAGAGACAAACCGCUGCCUACUGAUACUUCAUAUUAUACUUUUUACUUAUAUAUUAUACUUUAUACUAAAUAUUAUUAUACAUUAUUCAAAAACUAAGUUUUGUCUUCUUCUCAAUUAGCAAUUUAUUUGUUUAUUUAAAUUACCUCAACCAGACUGAUAUAUUACUGAAUAAGAAAUUUGGAAAAAAUAAAAUCAAUUGGUAUCGUUGAAAUUUAUUUUCUAAAAUUGGUGUUGUUUUUGUAUUCGACUAUUAAAUUUUUGCUGACUUUCAUAUCUUGAAUCAUCAUACUAAAUUCAUCGGUUUAGCAAUAAUAGGAUAUUAAGAAAUAAAUGUAUUUAAUAAAAUACAUUAAAAUCAUGUAUAUUAUAGUUAUAUAGUGACAUAAGUUCUUAAUACUACUACUAUCAAUGAAACACCUUGCUAAUAUUUUAUAAACAUUUUUGUCGUUAAUUACAAAUACCAAAGUUAUGUUUAAAGAAUAUUUUGAUGAAAAUAUGUUGAUAUUAUACGCUUUAUCAUUGCGGGAAUAUCGAGAAGUAAAUCAUUGACGACUAUUGUGAUAACGUGCCAAUGAUUAUGUUAAUAAGAAAACGUUUUGCUCGCGUAGUUUGAAAAAGUAUGUGAAAAAAUAAAAUUAAUCC